AUGACUGAAGGCAUUUGUACGAAUUUUUCAGACAUCUCUAUAUUCGGCUCUCAACUCCCCGCCAGUGAAUAUCCCAGAUACAAAGAAUUUUUGUUUCUGAAAGGUACGGAGAACGGAAAUAAAAUAGAUAACACAGUUUCAAAUCAUACAAAGGAGGAAAAGUCUGAUUUUAAAGAGCCUUCAGAAUGUAAAAUACCCAAAACUGAAAUAUCCGAGGUAACGGAGUCCUCCAACGAUGAAAAAAAAGUUGAUUCUACAAGUGAACUGUUAGAUUUUAAAGUAGUUUAUAAUAAAAAUAAACAUGAUGUUAGUGCUCCUUCAGAUUCAACUGUGGCAGAGCUGAAAAAAAAAUUACAGGGAUUGUUGGGUGUGCCAGAAUCUUUACAGAAAUUAAUGUACAAAGGUCUUUUACAAGAUAAUCAAACUUUAGCUAAUGUAGGUAUAACCAAAGGUGCAAAAAUAAUGUUAGUAGGGUCUACACUCAAUGACGUCCUGGCAGUAUCUUCUGUCACAAAACAGGAUGUUGCGGAAUUAGAAAAUCCAGCAAACACAAAGGAACCUUUGUGCCGACAAAAAAUUCAUAAGAAAGUACUGGACAAAGGUGUACCUGAAGAUGCUAUGCCAGGAAUAAGAAAUUUAAAGGUUUAA